GGGCUGGGCUUCAAAACCCCCAGAGAGGCUAUUGAAGGCACGUACGUGGACAAGAAAUGCCCUUUUACGGGAAACGUCUCCAUCCGUGGCCGUAUCCUCUCUGGCGUGGUGGCAAAAAAUAAAAUGCAGAGGACCAUCGUCGUCAGACGGGACUACCUGCAUUUUGUCAGCAAAUACAACCGCUUUGAGAAGCGGCACAAAAAUCUGUCUGCCCAUCUUUCGCCGUGUUUCAGGGAUGUCUCGAUCGGAGACAUCGUGACGGUCGGGGAGUGCCGACCGCUGAGCAAGACCGUGAGGUUCAACGUCCUCAAGGUGACAACGGCGGCUGGUCACAAGAAGCAGUUCCGGAAGUUCUAACACUGGCGGGAGGAAUGUCACCUGAAAAUAAACUGUUUUAAUAUGA